CGAGGCGUCGUAACCGAGUUCCUCAAACCACCGAGUGACUGACUGCACCGCAGCAAACAUUCAAGGAAAAGCCGAAGGAGUCGAACACAGUGGAGAGGGAGCUGAACCCGCACCGAAACAGUCCUCGUUGAUUUCAGGGUGGCCGAGYGCGCUCGUCCCUCAACAUGGGAGAGCUCUUCAGAAGUGAGGAGAUGACGCUGGCUCAGCUCUUCCUCCAGUCGGAAGCGGCCUACUGUUGCGUCAGUGAACUGGGAGAGAUCGGGAUGGUGCAGUUUCGUGAUUUAAAUCCUGACGUCAACGUGUUCCAGAGGAAGUUUGUCAACGAAGUCCGACGCUGCGAAGAGAUGGAUCGAAAACUGAGAUUUGUGGAAAAAGAAAUCAAGAGGGCCAACAUCGCGAUAACUGACACAGGAGAGAACCCUGAAGUCCCUUUUCCAAGGGACAUGAUCGACCUAGAGGCCACGUUUGAGAAGCUUGAAAACGARCUGAAGGAAAUCAACACAAACCAAGAGGCCCUGAAGAAGAACUUCCUGGAAUUGACUGAGCUGAAGCACAUUUUACAUCGGACUCAGCAGUUUUUUAAUGAGAUGGAGGAUCCCAGUUUACUGGAAGAGUCGUCCAUUCUGCUGGACCCCAACGAGCCCAACAGAGUGGCUCCGCUCCGAUUAGGAUUUGUAGCUGGAGUCAUCGGCAGGGAGCGAAUUCCCACGUUUGAGAGGAUGUUGUGGAGAGUUUGCAGAGGAAAUGUGUUCCUGCGGCAGGCUAACAUCGAAGACCCUCUGGAAGACCCCACUUCAGGCGACCAAGUCUAUAAGAGCGUCUUCAUCAUAUUUUUCCAGGGGGACCAGUUAAAGAAUAGAGUGAAGAAGAUCUGUGAGGGAUUCAGAGCAACAUUGUACCCAUGUCCCGAAACUCCUCAGGAGAGGAAAGAGAUGCUGGCAGGAGUGAACGCUCGAAUUGAUGACCUGCAAAUGGUGCUGAACCAGACCGAAGACCACAGGCAGAGAGUCCUGCAGGCUGCAGCUAAAACAGUCAGAGUGUGGUUCAUUAAAGUGAGGAAGAUGAAGGCCAUCUACCACACCCUGAACCUCUGCAACAUCGACGUCACUCAGAAGUGUCUGAUUGCUGAGGUGUGGUGUCCUGUUUCUGACUUGGACUCCAUCCAGUUCGCCCUUCGAAGGGGGACGGAGAAAAGUGGCUCCAAUGUGCCUUCCAUUCUCAAUCGAAUGCAAACCAAGCAGACGCCACCCACAUAUAACAAGACAAACAAGUUCACCUCAGGUUUCCAGAAUAUUGUGGAUGCUUAUGGAAUUGGCAACUACCGUGAGAUGAAUCCAGCACCAUACACCAUAAUCACCUUCCCCUUCCUGUUCGCUGUCAUGUUCGGCGACCUGGGUCACGGGACGCUCAUGACCUGUGCUGCUUUGUACCUUGUGUUGAGAGAAAGCAGGCUCAUGGCCCAGAAGAAUGAUAAUGAGAUUUUCAGCAUGGUGUUUGCGGGGCGCUACAUCAUCCUGUUGAUGGGAAUAUUCUCAGUUUAUACUGGGAUUAUUUACAACGACUGCUUCUCAAAAUCCUUGAAUGUCUUCGGCUCUGGAUGGAGCGUCAGGCCGAUGUUUGGGAACAAAGGAGCCAACUGGACGUUCGACACACUUUCUGGCAAUGCAGCUCUGCAGUUGGAUCCAGCAGUGGAGGGAGUGUUUAAUGGGCCGUACCCUAUUGGCAUCGAUCCAAUCUGGAGUAUUUCAAUCAACAAGCUGACGUUCUUGAACUCCUUCAAGAUGAAGAUGUCCAUUAUCCUUGGAGUCAUCCACAUGCUCUUUGGCGUCACACUUAGUCUCUUCAACCACCUAUAUUUCAAAAAGCCACUGAAUAUCUACUUGGGCUUCAUCCCAGAGAUUGUCUUCAUGUCCAGUCUCUUUGGCUACCUGGUCAUUCUGGUCUUCUUUAAGUGGGUCUCUUAUGAUGCACGGACCUCCAUGGAGGCUCCCAGUCUCCUCAUCUCCUUUAUUAACAUGUUCCUGUUCAGCUACAACGACCCCACCAUAAAGCCUCUCUACAGAGGGCAGAUGGGUCUGCAAAUAUUUUUGGUGUUAAUUGCCUUGGCGUGCGUUCCUUGUAUGUUAGUUGUAAAAACUCUGGUUUUGCGUAGCGAGUAUUUGUGGCGUAAACGUCUGGGUACACAGAAUUUUGGAGGAAUCAGGGUUGGCAAUGGUCCCACUGAGGACGAAGCUGAGAUCAUUCAGCAUGACCAGCUAGCACAGCAGACUGAAGAAGAACCAGAGAGUUGCGUUUUGUUACCUGCUUUCAAGGCGCAAGAAGAGGAAGAGUUUAACUUUGCGGACAUGGCAGUUCACCAGGCGAUCCACACCAUAGAGUACUGUCUGGGCUGCAUCUCCAACACGGCUUCCUAUCUGAGGCUUUGGGCCCUCAGCCUGGCUCAUGCACAGUUGUCAGAGGUGCUGUGGUCCAUGGUGAUGCGUGUCGGCCUUUCRACUAAAGGCUUCGCAGGCUUCAUCGUCGUGUCCCUCGUCUUUUUCUUCUUUGCUGUUCUCACAGUGACUAUUCUUCUCAUUAUGGAAGGCCUGUCAGCCUUCCUGCACGCACUUCGACUGCACUGGGUGGAGUUCCAAAACAAGUUUUACACCGGUCAAGGCUUCAAGUUCCUCCCAUUUACCUUCGAAAGCAUCCUAGAUGGAAGAUGUGAAGAAUGAAAUAACUCUUUAAUGUCACUUAAGAAUCUGUGUUGCUGAAUCUUUUUUUUUUCCCCAUUUGUGUGAUUAGAUUUCCAUUCAUCACCAUAACUCAUCAGAAGAAUCAUCAGAGAAAUUACUAUCCAUCAAAAUGCAAUCUUUUUUAUCAGUUUUAUUUAGUUUAUUAUUUAUACAGUCUUUUCUUUAUAAAAACUUGUAUUUUUGUGAGAGUGUAGUACAAAUGAUAAACCAGAUCUGCCCAGUGGUGAGUAUGUUGACUAAUUUAAUACGAUAUAAGUGUUCAUUUCCUUCAGUUUAGUGUGCUUUUUCUCCACACUCUUCUCUUGUUGUCCUGUGUCAGUGCUGCUUCAGUUUCUAAAACACAARCCGGUGCUUCGGAAACUGCAUUUAAUCUCAGGAUGAGCUUUUAAAGCUCUAAAAGGAACUUCAGUCAACAUGUAUCUGAAAAUUAACUCCCUCUAAGUUCAUGUGUUAUCCUCCAUCUGUGUGAUUAUUUACAUUUUGUAUUUCUCUGUCAGCGUACAUUUAGAAAAGAAGAAUUAAUAAAUGGGUAAUGUUUAAACAAUCUGUAGCWAUUGAAGUUUCUUCUGUAGCAUCGAUCUUGGUGAAAAACUAAAUGUAAUCUGUCAACAACAACGUACACCCGUUUGAAUAAACUACAAAUUAUCACUAAAUGUGCUUCACUUUCUUAAUAAAGUGUUAACAGCUGGUCUAA